AUGUUCCAGCUGCUGCUUUGCGCGGCGAUCUUGGGAGAAAUAGCGCUGAUUCUAGCGCUGCUGUUGGAGAUCAAACUGGCGGAGCCAGUGAUGAUAGCGGUAGAUCGCUUGAAACGAGGGAGGGGCCCACUCGUUGUGAGGAUCAUCGCUGGUUCGGUGUUGUUUCUGCUAGUGGCCAGGGUCUACGGUACGAUCAACAUCAUCAAACGAACCACUAUGCUCAAUCCGAGUGUUCUCAUGAACAUGCUCAAGAUUUCUCUUACCGGAUUCUUGCUGUUUCUUUCAGUUAUUUUGGAUAGAUUGCAUCAUUACACGAGAGAAGUUUCUUUACUCAGGACUGAAAUGGAGGCUGCACAAAGAGAGAACCAAACUUUAAAAGAGGAGAAAAAUGGAAGAGCCAUGGAGCUUAAGAUCUUGGGACAAGAGAUUGCUAAAUUGAGGACAAACAUCAUGAAUACGGAAACUGAAUAUGAGACGAAAGCGAAGGGGGCAAAGCUGGAAAAAACCAAGGCAUAUGCCUUGAGAAAGCAAUAUGAAGGACUCCUUGCGGAAAUUGAUCGCGUGCAGGAAGACAACCAAAUUCUUCGAAGCCAGCUAGAAUGGGUGGAUCUAAGCUAUGAUGACAAAACGAAACAUGCAAGGAAGCGAUUACAUUAG